CGCUAACACGUUCUCGUUCGCGCUAACAAUUUCUCCGACUGAGCGGCCAUGGAGUCCUUCCGGUUCACGACGGCAGCUCCGCCGCAGCCCCUCCGCCGCCAAAUGUCACCUCCUCGGCCACUGCACACGGCUCUGCCACCUGGUUCCGGCUUCCUCCGGCAAAAGGCGGUCGCGGGAGCCACCCUUUCCUUCCGGUCAGCGGCCAACGUCUCGCCGGCGUCCAUUUUAUCCGUAGAGGAAAUAUCUCUGGCUCCCCCGGCUAUGAAGGCUCCUCCGCCGCCGCCACCUCGCCCCAGGGUCUCACCGAGUUCCCUACAAUACCCUGCCGGUUUCCUCGGCGCGGUGCCGGGGCAUUCGGACGACGACGGGAACGGUAGUAUCAUCGAGGCGAUGGAGUAUUUGACGAAUAUACUGUCGACGAAGGUCUACGAUGUCGCGAUUGAGUCGCCGAUGCAACUGGCUAAGAAGCUGUCGGAGAGGUUAGGGGUUCGGCUCUUCCUCAAGAGAGAAGAUCUGCAGCCGGUUUUUUCAUUCAAGCUUCGUGGAGCUUUCAAUAUGAUGGUGAAACUUUCAAAGGAGCAAUUGGAAAAAGGGGUCAUCUGCUCGUCGGCCGGAAACCACGCCCAAGGAGUUGCUUUAUCCGCAAGCAAACUCGGGUGCAAUGCCGUUAUUGCCAUGCCUGUCACCACACCGGAGAUUAAGUGGCAAUCUGUAAAGAAUUUGGGUGCAACAGUUGUUCUUGUUGGCGAUUCAUAUGAUGAGGCACAAGCAUAUGCUAAGAAACGAGCUGAAGAAGAGGGUCUGACGUUUAUACCACCGUUUGAUCACCCGGAUGUUAUCACUGGACAAGGGACUAUCGGGAUGGAAAUCAUGCGUCAGGCUAAGGGUCCUUUGCAUGCAAUCUUUGUUCCUGUUGGAGGUGGUGGCCUCAUAGCAGGUAUUGCUGCUUAUGUGAAGAGGGUUUCUCCCGAGGUCAAGAUCAUUGGUGUAGAACCAGCUGAUGCAAAUGCAAUGGCUUUGUCGCUGCAUCGUGAUGAGAGGGUAAUAUUGGAUCAGGUUGGCGGUUUUGCAGAUGGUGUAGCGGUGAAAGAGGUCGGUGAAGAGACUUUCCGCUUGUGCAGAAAGCUUGUCGAUGGUGUUGUUCUUGUUAGCCGUGAUGCUAUCUGUGCAUCAAUAAAGGACAUGUUUGAGGAGAAAAGGAGCAUUUUAGAACCAGCAGGUGCUCUUGCACUUGCUGGAGCUGAAGCUUACUGUAAAUAUUACGGCCUUAAGGACAUAAAUAUUGUGGCCAUAACCAGUGGAGCAAACAUGAACUUUGACAAGCUAAGGGUAGUGACAGAACUUGCAAAUGUCGGUAGGCAGCAAGAAGCUGUUCUUGCUACCGUCAUGCCAGAAAAACCCGGAAGUUUCAAACAAUUCUGUGAACUGGUAGAACCAAUGAAUAUAACGGAGUUCAAGUAUAGAUGUAGCUCGGAAAAGGAAGCUGUUGUUCUUUACAGUGUCGGUGUUCACACAGCAGAAGAACUCGAAGCAAUGCGGAAUAGAAUGGAGUCUUCUCAACUCAGAACUUACAAUCUCACGUCUAGUGACUUGGUGAAAGAUCAUCUGCGUUACUUGAUGGGUGGAAGAUCAACUGUUCAAGACGAGGUUCUGUGCCGCUUCAUCUUCCCCGAGAGACCUGGUGCUCUGAUGAUGUUCUUGGACGCCUUCAGUCCACGUUGGAACAUUAGCAUCUUCCAUUACCGAGCUCAGGGCGAGACAGGUGCAAACGUGCUAGUCGGGAUUCAAGUUCUGGAACACGAAAUGGAGGAAUUCCGUAUCAAGGCCAACACUCUUGGCUACGAGUACGAUCUUGUUAGCGAAGACGGGAAUUUUAAGCUUCUGAUGCAAUGAUUUAAGCUUUCAGGAAGAAACAGAAGAUCUUUCUUGCACGUCCUUCAAGAAACAGAGCUUGAGAACUGUUCUUGAGCUGUCUCUGUCUCAAAUUCAAUAUGUUGUGUUGCUUACAAGUCUUUGGUUUCAUUCUCUGGGUUGGGGGGGGGGGCGUUU